AUGCCGUCCUCGGGGCCAGCUCACGCAUCGGCUCCGACCGCAGACUUCCAGUCGCCCUUCCAGUCGCCCAACGCCAUUCCCCCGCGCACAUCCUCGCACGGCAUCGCCAACGGCGUCAAGCACCGCAGCUCUGUCCUGCGUCCGCUUUCUGAGAUCGACUGGAUCAGCCAGAGCAAAAAGAGCAAACUGCUCCACGAGAACCAGACCCCAAAUCAAGACCAACACCAGCUUCCGGCGCGACCUGUAGAUACACACAAUACCAUGGGCGGGGAGGACGAGAAGCCUGCGGCGCAGCAGGCCCCCCACCCGCUUGCGCCGCCGCAACCGCCGCUCGAACCGUCCAGAGACAUCGGCCACGACCUGAUCUACGGGCCGCGCAGAGGUUGGUCAGAGGAGAACGAGCGGAUACUGUUGGGCCCGUACGACUACCUUGUCGGACACCCCGGCAAGGACAUUCGCAGCCAGUGCAUCGCCGCGUUCAACAAGUGGCUGAAAGUGCCUGCAGAGCGCCUAGAAGUGAUCACGCGCGUGGUGGGCAUGCUGCACACGGCGUCGCUACUCGUCGACGACGUCGAAGACUCCUCCGUCCUCCGCCGCGGCAUCCCGGUUGCAAACUCCAUCUUCGGCGUCGCGCAAACCAUAAACAGCGCGAACUAUGUCUACUUCCUCGCCCUCUCCGACCUCCUCGCGCUCCAAAACCCGCACCUCAUCCAGAUCUACUCGCAAGAACUCCUCAACCUCCACCGCGGGCAGGGCAUGGAGCUCCACUGGCGCGACUCGCUAACGUGCCCCUCGGAGCCCGCGUAUCUCGAAAUGGUCGACAACAAGACCGGCGGCCUAUUCCGCCUCGCCAUCAAACUCAUGCAAGCCGAGUCCACGCUCACGACAGAAAUCGACUGCGCGCCCCUGGUCAGCACGAUCGGGCUCUUGUUCCAGAUCCUGGACGACCACCUCAAUCUGAGCACCACCUCGGAAUAUCAGAGUCUAAAGGGCAUGUGCGAGGACCUGACUGAGGGGAAAUUCAGCUUCCCCGUCAUCCACGCCAUCCACGCUGACCCGUCCAACCGCGUCAUCUACAACAUCUUGAAACAAAAGACGGAAGAUGACGAGGUGAAGCGGUAUGCGGUGCGGUAUUUGGAGCAGAAGGGCAGCUUUGAGUAUAGCAAGGGUGUGAUCGAUGGGCUGAGGGGGAAGGCCGAGGGUUUGAUUGCGGAAAUUGAGGCGAAGGUUGGUGAGGAGGCGAGGGAAGGGGCCGAGGGGUUGCGGAGGUUGCUUGCGAGGUUGGUGGUAAGGUGA